AAGGAUUUUAAAGUCCUCAGAAGAUCUGAAUGAUUCUGAGCAAAGCCUUGAGAAGAUCUGCCCUCUGUUGGUGCAGCAAAUACAAAUGCUUGACGAAGUUUUGUUGACAACAGUUCUCUAUCAAGUUUUAGACACAUUUCUUACAGCAUCUUCUACAGUUGAAGAACUUUCAGGUGUUACCAGACAGAUCCUGGUUGGACACUCUUCUACAGAGAUAGAUCUGAGUUUUAUACAGCCACGAGUUGAGGAUUUAAUAUCCUCAACUGAUCGAAUAAUCCAAGUGGCUAAUUUUAUCUCAGCAAUAGCUGUCAAUGCAAAGAGUUUGGAGAAUGUGGAGAACUCACGAGUAUGCCUCACAAGACUCAGGGCUCGGAUCGAACCGUUGUCACUGGAGCUGGUGGAUAAUUCAAUGCAAACUGUUCAAAAGCUCCAUGAGGUGUGUCAACAAUGGGAGGAGGAGACAAGUCAGCUUCAGGAUGCUCUCAGUGACAUAAUGGAUGUCAGGGAGUUCACCAGUAUCGCUAUCAAUGAGGUGGUCAAUGAUCAGAAUGGAUGUGACUCAGCGUACAGAGAGCAAAGCUACAAACUGUUUAAUGAACAUGCAGCCAAUCUUAUUUAUCACAUGAAGCUGGCAGUUCACUCAGUGAGGAGACACUUGGACAGAAGUAAUAACCCCAUCUACAGGAAUGGCCUCCUAGUCCUGCUCAAACAGGUUCAGUCAUCUCGAACCAAAGUGGGUGAGUCAGUCAGAGACAUGCUUUCAGGUUCCAGUCUUAAUGUGGAGGUAUAUUCUACUUUUUCAGAUAAUGUUUCCGUGGCUAUUCAGCAUUUUAAAGUGCUCAGAAAGGGACUGGAUGGCCAACAGCAUCCACAUCUCCUGAGUCCACUGCGAGAGGGGGCACGUCAGGAUGUAAUGUCACGGUCAUGUGCACCAGUCAAAGACACCUGUGAACUGAACCAGGAUCAUAUGAUAAGAGGCUCCCCUGUUUUGCAGGCUGUGGAGAGGGAUUCCCAAACUGAACAUGAGGAGGAGAACACAGAUGAGGAAACCAUAGAAGCAGAACUGGCUCAUAAAUAUGACAGUGAUGAUUUAAAGAUCCCAGCUGUCUACGAUAAGCCCAAACUGAUCCGCAAGCCUCUUGAAUUUGACCUUUUACCCCUCAUGUAUGAAGUUGUGACUGUGACUAAAGGGAAAGAUGUGACAGUGCUCAACAGGGCCUGCACUGCUGUUCUUGAGCUGUCGAACUGUUACGCUCAAGCUGCAAAGGAAGCCUCGGCCAUUGUUGAUGCAGUUGAUUGUCAGACGUUGGAAUGUUUUAAAGCAGAGCUGGUGUCACUGACUCCGCUGCUUGUCCAGACAGCUCAAGAGACGGCGAUGAGCUCGGCGAUGAGCACGGAGAGCAUCUACAAACACAGCACGCAGUUUACUGAUCUUAUCAACAAUACCCGAAAGGUUUUACUGCCAGUUGCUGGAACCUGGUAUCAUACUGUUUACACUGAGCUGCAAGGAAAUCUGCCAACAAAGGCAGCCACUGUUACACAGCAGCUAAAUGAAGUGAUGACUUUAGGUGCUGAUGUGGUCCAGCUCUUGACAUCGUCAGAUUUAGCCUCACAAAGCGACAGUCAAGAAACAUUCAGCGUUUUACACAACAAGCUGAACAAAGCCCAGAACAACACAAAGUAUCUGGUAGAGUUUGUCACCUCAGUGGAAGGGCAGGCAGAUCAGCUCGAGGGACUCUGUAUCCUCUGGGGCCUGUCUAUUCAAAUUUUGCUAAAUUCUCUUGAUAAGAUUUUGGGAACAUCGACUGCAAUGAACCAGCUGAGCCCUCAGAAACACCUAUCAGUGCUGUCAGAGAACUCACUUCGAAUCCAAGAGGCAGCGAGGCUAACCAGCCUAAAUUGUAAGAGUGCUUACAAAUCAAAACAGUUAACAGGACACCAGGAUGAACUAAAAACCCUGACUGACGCCUAUCUCAAAGCUGCCGAAGAGCUUGACACAACACCAAGUGUGAUGCAACUUGCAAAGUCUGAAUUCUUUCAGAGACAUCUUUUGAUUAAAAUUAAGGUGCUUUCUAGUCAUUUAAGCAAAGCAAAUAAGGAUUUUGAUAAAGCACUUCAAAAUAUUGUCAGCAUUGCUUAUUUUGCUGCUGAACACUUCAGGGAGAACAACACAGAAGAUGCAGAGCAGAAGUUUGAAAAUGCAGCUCAAACACUUUCUGAAAAUGUAAAACAAGCGACAAAGAGAGUCGAGGACUGCUUACAUUACGUCCGCGACCCACGUUCCCGUUCUAACCUGAGGUCUAUCAACGACCACCUGUCUUUUCAGAUCUCGGAUAUAAUCAGCAGAGCGAGGCUCAUCGUAGAGACUCAUUACAUUUGUGACACACUCAGUCUGGAUGUGCAGAUACAGUGCUGGUCUGCAAAAGCUCACUAUGUGGUGGAGGAGAUCAGGAAGCAGGAUGGGAUUCACCAAGAGGCUAAAGAGUACAUCAGAGCUGGUCUACAGGGCAGAGCACCUGAUGAUAUCAAAGAUGCGUUGGCUACAAUCCCAUUGAAAGUCAAGGAAGUGGAAUUUCCCUCUGACAUGACAAUGACAUCCUGGCAGAAAGGCAACACAGAAAACGUAGAAGCUGCAGAACCAGAUGUGAACGUGGCCGCUGUGGCCAAAUAUGAACCUGGAAAUAUGGAAAAAGAUGACAGUGUCUGGUCUGGCACAUUCAAAGAAUCUCCUUCGCUGACCCACACGUCUCUUUUCCUAAAGCAAGAAAGUGACAGCUGGGAUCCCAAGGACAACAGAAUUGUCCAGGUGACCAGGAAGAUGGCUGACACACUUUGUUACAUGACUCAGUACUUGAAGAAGAAAGGCCCAAUACCAAAUAAAGAGGCAUUUGUCAGUGCGGCCAAAGAUGUUAUCUCAAACUGUCAGUCAGUGACUCAGUUCAUCAGAGUUAUUGCCAACCACUGCCUGGAUAAACAGUGUACGGUUGAACUCUCCCUCAUAGUUGAGCAGAUUCUCACCAUCACCAACCAGCUCAACAUCAUCUCCAGUGUCAAUGCUGUAACACCUGGGUGCAAAUCAUCUGAUGAGAUCCUGGUGAAGAACACACAAAAUCUACUCCAGACGGUCUUGCGUGGGGUCCACGCUGCAGAAACAGCCUGCAUCACGGGUUUGAAGCAGCCUGAGCCGAACUCAGAUGGUGAAGAGGCUACAGCCUUGUGUUUCCAGUGGAGACGGAAACUGGAGAUCCAUCGAGCCCAGCAGACGUCUAACCUAGAGACUGAUGAGCUGGGUUUGAGGAAGACCUCAUCCCACCCUGUAGCACCUAGUCUUGCCCCACCAGUUGACUACAAGUGAUAACUGCCCCUUAAGCCUAACACAGAUAACAUUUUUGUUCUCGAGUUGAUAGAAUAACGUGACACCCACUCAGGAGCUUUUCACAGACUGUCAUGCUCAAGGACACCCCACCAAGUUCGAUGAAAUAAAGUAUUCUAUACUGAAGCUGAGAUUGGAUGUAAUGCUGGACAUAUUACUGGA